AUGUUGCGUGAUGGAGUCAUAUUUAUGAACGUUCCAUGGUUGUUGGGAUCUGCCGCUAGCUUCUCCAACGAAACGGACAGGCUUGCUUUGCUCCACUUUAAAGAUCUGAUAACUGACGAUCCUCACCAUUCCUUGAGCUCGUGGAAUGAUACCCUCCACAUCUGCCACUGGCAAGGAGUCACGUGCGGUCGCCGCCAUCCUCAAAGGGUCACGACCUUGAUCCUCAUGGGCCAGAACUUGGUGGGCUCCAUAUCUCCCUACAUAGGGAACCUCACCUUCCUCAGGAGAAUCGAUCUCAGACGCAAUGGCUUCCACGGGACGAUUCCUGAAGAGAUAGGCCGGUUGUUCCGUUUGAAACUUCUGCAACUGACUAACAAUACACUGACAGGAGAAAUUCCAGCAACUCUUGCAAACUACUCCGAACUCAAAGGCAUUGCAUUCUACGGAAACCAGCUCAUAGGGAAGGUCCCAGACGAACUUGGUUUCCUACCGAAGCUCUUGGGAUUGAGCCUUACUGAGAACAGUCUUUCGGGAAGAAUCCCACCCUCACUCGGAAACCUUUCUAAUCUCAUUAUUUUCAUUCUCGCAGCAAACAAUCUAGAGGGCAGCAUCCCUGGUGAGCUCAGCAAGUUGGUAAGCUUAGAUAUUUUUGGAAUUGGUUCUAAUAAACUGUCAGGCAAGAUUCCUCCCGUGCUCUAUAAUCUCUCCUCCAUCAGUACCUUCGACGUAGGAUUUAACAAUUUUCACGGAAAUCUUCCACCUAACUUAGGCCUCACUCUUCCUAAUCUCGAAGGAGUCUAUGUCUCAGGAAACCAAUUUACAGGACCCAUAGCCGUUUCAUUAUCCAAUGCUUCAGGACUUGUACGUAUUGAGCUUUCUAUCAAUAGUUUCAGUGGAUCCAUACCUAUUAAUUUUGGAAGCUUGAAGGGGCUCACCAGACUAGCUUUGGCUGACAAUCGACUUGGAAUUGGGAAAGCUCGAGACUUGUUUUUUCUCGAUUCUUUGAUGAAUUGCAGUAGCUUACAAGUACUAGACGUAAGCUUUAAUCGUCUCAGUGGUGCAUUGCCCACCUCCAUGGCUAAUCUUUCGACAGAGCUGAUGUUUCUUUCAUUAGGACAUAACAGGAUAUUCGGAAGCAUCCCAUCUGGCAUUCAAAACCUUUUCGGCCUCACAACAUUGAGUAUGGAGUGGAACAUUUUAACGGGUACCAUUCCCGUUGGUGUUGGGAAGCUUAACAAGGUGAGGAUACUUCACUUGAAUGUGAAUGAAUUAUCUGGGCGAAUUCCAUCUUCCUUGAGCAACAUGUCCCUAUUGUACCGACUCGUUUUAUAUGGAAACAAUCUAAUGGGGACCGUACCUUCGAGUCUCGAAAAUUGUACAAACAUGCAAUUCAUAUACCUCCAUGAUAAUAAUCUUAGUGGUAGCUUACCCAAACAACUUUUCAGCUUUCCCUCUUUAGUUGAACUCAUUGCUGGAAACAGUUCUUUUACUGGUAAUCUGCCACUGGAAGCUGGUAACAUGAAUUCUCUUGGGGUAUUGAACAUUUCGUAUAACAAGUUGUCAGGGGAAAUUCCAAGCUGGGUAGCCACUUUUCUCAGCCUAGAGUAUCUCUUCCUCGACGGGAACUACUUUCAAGGAUCAAUUCCUCCAUCAUUUACUGCUCUAAAAGGCCUUCAAUCCCUGGAUCUUUCACGCAACAACUUGUCUGGAAAGAUUCCACAAUACCUGGAGAACCUUUAUGCUUUGCAGUAUCUAAAUCUAUCUUACAAUCGUUUCGAGGGUGAAUUACCAAAAAAAGGGAUCUUUGGAAAUGCCAGCGGAGUUUCAGUAGUUGGAAAUAGUAAGCUUUGUGGGGGUAUUCGAGAAUUGCAAUUGCCAGCGUGCUCUAAUCAAGCUUCCAAGAAACAGGGGAUGUCUCUGGCUUCAAAAGUAAACUUCUUAAUAAUUGGUGUUGUCCUAUCUCUUAUUUCAUUGUCAUGCUUCUUUGCCACUCUUUAUUGGGUAAGAAAGUCGAGAAGGAAACCUUUUGCCGUGCCUUCUAUGGAGGAUCCUUUCAUGAACAUAUCAUAUGCAGAACUCUUUAAAGCGACAGAUGGCUUCUCUUCUGUAAAUUUGAUUGGUACAGGAAGUUUUGGUUCUGUAUAUAAAGGAACGCUAGAUCGAGAUGGAAUUAGAAUCGCAGUGAAAGUCCUCAAUCUUCAGCAGCGAGGAGCUUUGAGGAGCUUCAUGGCCGAAUGUGAAGCCUUGAGAAAUAUAAAGCAUCGGAAUCUUAUCAAAAUCUUAACCUGCUGCUCAACAGGAGAUACCCAAGGGGUAGCAGUAUCUGGAUCUGGCGGAAUAGGAACAGCAACAGGAGCUCUGGAUCUGGAACAGGGGUGGUCGGAUCUUCAACAGGAGUGGUCGGACGCGCAGGGGGUGGUCGGACGCGCAACAGGGGGUGGUCGGACGCGCAGCAGGGGGCUGUCGGACAGGCAGGGGGUGGUCGGACGAACGGUCGAACGCGUAGGAGGUGGUUGGAUCUUCAACAGGGGACAUUCGGACAAGCAAGGAGUGGCCGGAUCUGCAACAGGGGCGGUCGGAAGAGCAGGGGCCUGUCUACUUGACAACUGGUUGCACAUAGAUGGACAUGACCAGUCACGGAGGAACUUAAACUUCAUUCAAAGGCUAAAUAUCGCUGUUGAUGUGGUUUCUGUUCUGGAUUAUCUACAUCAUCACUUGCAAACACCAAUCGUUCAUCGCGAUUUAAAACCAAGCAAUAUUCUUCUUGAUGAUGACAUGAUUGCUCAUGUGGGUGAUUUCGGGCUAGCAAAGUUCUUAUCUGAUGUUGCUCAAACCAGCUCUCUUGGGGUGAAGGGAUCUAUUGGGUACAUCGCUCCAGAGUAUGGGAUGGGCGGUGAAGCUUCUACACAAGGAGAUGUUUACAGCUAUGGAAUCCUUCUCUUGGAGAUGAUAAGUGGAAAGGAGCCAACUGAUGAGAUGUUUAAAGACAAUCUAAGCCUUCAUCAUUUCUCCAAGUCUGCAUUGCCUGAACAAGUAAUGAAGAUUGUAGACCCAUUUCUUUUAAUAGAAGCCAGAGUUACUGAAGACAGUGGAAAUCAUACCAAUGCAAGAUUAAGAAUGCGUGACUGCUUGACUUCAAUGGUCAGAAUUGGUGUGUUGUGUUCUUUGGAAUCACCCACCGAACGAAUGAAAAUGAAAGAUGUUGUUGUGGAAAUGCAUGCAAUCAAGGACUUAUAUCUUGGGGUCAGGAUUCAAAGCGACAAACAUGUUAAGUCGCUGCAGUUAGGUGAAGGUCCAUCUGAACGCAGAAAUUACUGAGACAUUAUUCGUAGUUAUGUUGAGAUAGAUUUCAAAAUAAAAUAUGUUUAUUGAAUAAGCUUUAAAUAUAUUUACUCUUGGCUUACGAAGAUGUCUUUCUUUUUUUCUCCUUUCUUUUUUUCUUAGUUUUAUCCUGGUGUCAGGCAAAGGGAGACUGUAUCAUGAAUGUAGGAGGAUGAAGAUAU